AUGAACAGAGACGAGGCCAUACAGGCCACACUAGACGCUCUGAACCAACCCAUGGUCCGGGGCGAUUCGUCCGACUACCUCAACAGCAGACCCAGCUUCCACUCCAGACGAUCCUCUAUCAUGGCCCAACUGUCCACACCCAACCACCACGCCAGAACUCCCUCCGUGUCUAUGUCCGACUCGGAUCUCAGCUGUAUGGACGAGAACAAGCGCCGGAGCCGCAUAUCCAUUGAUUUUUCGGGUCUGUACUCGCCAGCUUCAUCGACUGGGGACUGGUGUGAGAAGGAACUGCUUAGUCCUGAUCCCGAAAUCGAGUCCCUCGACAAGAAACGGUCCUCCAAGGGCUCCGAGUUCUUCAAACGAUGGUCGCUGGGACCUGCCACAAGCGUCACCCAAGUGUCACGACAAACCCAGGCACUUUUAUCGCCCCAGGAGUUCCACACGGCCGAGUUUGAACCUCAAUCAUGCAUGUGGCAACGAACACUCCAGGAGAUGGCCCGAACAGAUAACACCCGUCUGGCACUGUUGGCUCGAAACUCGAACGCAAACUCGUACCCACUGCAGUCUAUGCACAACAGGAAACGCCACUCUUGCGACUUUACCAGCUCAACUACAGCUUCCAAUGGUCUGGGUCUCGGCCUGGGCCCUCUCCGAGCUAGCACUCCUGUAAAGGGCCCUAACAACCCAUUUGUGCCUUUUUCCUUCGAGACGGGUAGUGAAGAGUCCACAGAGUCGCCCGUCCACACAAAGCUCAAGCAUCGGACCUCCAUGUCUCGAACUCGGCCGCUGUCCAUGACACGAUCCACGUCUCAAAAAUUCAACUCUGGUAACUUUUCGCUCAGACAACGGGCAGGAACACCCACGCCGACCAGAGACGGCGACAGUACGCAAGUGGAUAGCUUUGUUUUUGGUGCUGGAGACAUGUCUUCGGACUCAAACUCCACUGCCGUGGACCCUCUGGACACCCAACACACCCAGGAGGUGCUCUCCAAACCGCCCCUGGAUCCCACAAUCCCCAUCACGGACUGGAGCCAAAAGGCCCAGCUCGUUAAACUUAUUUGUGCGUCUAUCCAAGAUGCUCCCACUAUGAUGGCGUACAUCAACUUGCUAUGGACCGCCCUCUCCAACCCCGAGAACCUGAAUCUCAACAAGAUUGAUAUUGUUCCAAGCUCGCUGGAGGACGUUGCUGCGCUGCAGGACAACCUGGUUCUGUUUGUGUCUGAAAUCGACGUGAAGGCCAUGGUCUCUGCCGGAUGGAUCCGGUUCUACAAGGUCAUGUAUGCGUCUGCUGUGGUGUCUGCUACAAUUGGACUGCUGGCAUUCCAGACCUUGCUGCUACUGCUCUACCUGUGCGUGGCUUCGGUGAUCAUCCUGGGUAGCAACAUUUUGCACAAAUUUGAAAAGAAGACCCAGCCUCAGGAGGCUGCAAAGGUGCUCGCUAAGGAGUGUAAGGAGGAGUAA